AAGGGUGGAUACAUUAAUCAAUUAUUGAAUCUGUAUCUGAAUGGUUUAUUUUUGAGUUUUUACGGUUUUUUCGUAUAAUUUUAUUUGGUUUUUUGAUUAUUAAUUUCAUCUUUUCAAAGAUGGAGUUUUGGUAACUUUUAAAAGAAAAAAAGGGGUGAGCGUAGCAAUAAAUAUUUAUCAUAAUGGAUAUUGGAAACUCAACAAAAACUACAUUGCAGAGAUACCUAACCUUAAAAAUACCUAUAUCGAAUCGAUUAAAGGUGAAACUUAAAGCAACAUAUUAAGAAAAUCAUUUUUUUUAAAAUGGUUCUUUCCGAGAAUACUACGGAAAAACAAAACUCAAACACUGACUUGAGUAAUACAAGUUCAAAUGUAAAAUAUAAUUCUUAUGAGCAUCAACAACACGAGGCCAAUUUACAUAAUGAAAACCGCAGUAAUUUCAUUGAAAAAAAUUAUCUUUUAUCUGAAGUUAAUAAAAAAAAUUCCAUAAUUUUGUCCGAAGAAAAUAAUAUCAAUAUGCAAAAGAUGAAUGGUUUUAAAAAAGAGAUUGAUGAGAAAAAAUUUAGUCUAAAUGAUCCUGAAAUGAAUCCAAUUAAUGGGCAUAUUAAUGAACCACCCGAUGGUGGAAUAAGAGCAUGGGCAAUUAUGAUUGGAAGUUUUGUCAUCAAUGGAAUACUCUUCAGUGUUAUUAAUAGUUAUUCUCCAAUUUAUGGAAAUUUAAAGGAAAGACUGAAAAUUGCAGGCCUUAGUGAUACCGCAGAAAAAGCCGCAAUUGUUGGUUCUCUACAACUUGGCACAACAUUUGGAAUGUCUCCUGUGGCAGGAAUUCUUACAAAAAAAAUUGGACUCCCAGUGACAACAUUUUUAGGAGGUCUUAUUGCCUCUGUGGGAGUACUUAUAUCAGCUUUUAUGCUAGACUCGGUUGAAUAUCUGUACUUGACAUAUGGAGUUAUGUUCGGAGUAGGAUCAAGUCUUGCCUAUGGUCCCAGUUUAAUAAUUUUAGGACAUUAUUUUAAGCGUCAUUUAGGAUUAGUAAAUGGAAUUGUUACUGCAGGAAGUUCCAUUUUCACAACCAUUAUGCCACAUUUCAUGGGUUAUAUAAUUGAGAAUUAUGGUUUAAAAACACUUAUGAUAAGCUUGGGUGCUCUUACCUGCAGUGUAAUGCCCUGCGCUUGUUUAUUUAAACCAAUUGCUCUGAAUACGUGUCCAGUUGUAGAGAAACCAAAAAUUACGCACGAUACAACACUUUGUGAAAAACUUAAAAGUAAAAUCAAUACGUCCGUAUUAAGAAAGAAAAAAUAUAUUAUCUGGGCAUUCGCUAUGACCAUUGCUCUUUUGGGUUAUCAUGUGCCAUAUAUUCACGUAGGGAAAUUUGUAGAAGAUAAUUUUGGUAAAGAUUAUGAUAAAAAUUUUCCAAUCACGUGCCUUGGAAUAACGUCGGGAAUUGGGCGCUUAGUUUUUGGUUACAUCGCAGAUUUACCACGUAUCAAUAAAAUAUUUUUACAACAGAUUGCUUUUACUUGUUUGGGAGGUCUAAUGAUGCUUUUAUCAGUUACAACUUCUUACACAAUGCUUUUAAUAAUUUAUUCUGGAAUGGGAUUUUUUGACGGAUGUUUUAUAUCUCUUUUGGGUUCAAUUGCUUACGAAUUUUGUGGUCAUGAGCAUGCAACGGCUGCAAUCAGUUUACUAUUGGGAAUGUGCGCAAUACCUGUAAUUGCUGGAUCAGCAUUUGCUGCACGUCUUUAUGAUCGUACAGGUUCUUACAGUAUGACAUUUAUUAUAAGUGGUAUACCACCGAUAGUAGCAGCACUAACCAUGUUCUUAACAAGAUGCGUGAAAAAUGAUGCAAAUGAAAAUAUAAAAGAUCCCGCUGGAGAGUCUUUAACCAAACCAAAUGGACAAACUGGUUGCACAAUGUCAACAACGAAGGUAGAAAUAAUUGCAAAUGAGGAAAAAGAUAAGGAACUUCAGGAAAUUUAAAAUAACGAGCCAAUCUUCGCCAAAUACAGCUUGAAAGAAAACUCAAAACAAAAAAUUCAUCCCCUCAUCAUUAAUUAUGUAGAUAUAUGGUAUUUUACUAAGUGAGUACAAAAAUGCAACAUUUUACUAAGUGUAUGUGAUAAAAAACGAAGAUCUAUAUACGCAUAUAUUUUUAAUAUCAAUAGAAAAUAUUUUUAAAACAAAUCAUUAUAGAAAUAGUACAUAAUAGACCUUUCGUAAAUUACUUCAAAAUAUUUCACAAUCUAAAUCCAUUAAAACCUGUUAAAUAAUUAGAUUAAAAUAUUGACAAGCAAUUAGCAUAAUAGAAAACAUAAUGAAAUUUUUCAGUUAUAGUUCUGUGGAAAUUAUUUGUUUAGAAAAUUUUUUUUCAAGUACUUAACUUGCACUAUAAGUGAGUUAAGAAUACAAAAAUAUAAGCCAUAAUAAAUUCAUCAAAAUUGUAAGAAAAGGAAAAAAAAUAGAAAAAAAUUUCACGAGUACUUAACUCACAUUUUAAUAUAAUAUAAAUAAAUUGUAGUUACAUAAUUUUAUUGUCAAAUAUAAUUUUCAUUAUGAUUUAUAAUAAACUAAAUGCAUUUUCAUACGAGGCUCGAAUUUUUUUCUUUUCUUUUUUUUUUUUUAAAUAUAGACUAUAUAAAUAAAAUGAGAAAUUAGACUUUUAUAAUUACACUAAUUAUUAUUUUCAUAUGACAAUGAUAUCAUGCUUUUUAUAUAGAGAGAUUAAAAGAGACACUACUUUACAUUUUUAAAAUAUUAUAAUAAAAUACUUUUUGAAUUUAAAUACUGCAUGAUAUUAUAAACUUUGUUCGUUAUAUUGUUACAACAGACUUGCGAAAAGCCAAUGUGAAUAUUGCAUUUAUUUAUAAUCUUGAGCAACGAAAAAUUAGAAAUCUUUAAUAAUUCUCUUGAGUGUAAAAAACUAUUAUAGAAAAUUAAAAAAAAAAAAUUCCCACUAGAUAAGAAUUUUAAAAAUAUGUUAACUGAACAAUACAGCAAAAAGAAAAUCUUUUUUUUUUUGUUAGGAAAGAAAUGAAUCUAAUUGUAAGUUGCUUUUUUAAACAGUCUUGUUGAUUUUCUGAGUUGUUUUCUUUUACUGAUUUUGUAUUUUCAAUUUAAGACAGUUAUUUGGUAAAAUAAAACCGAUGCUGAUUUUAAGAUAGUGCUUUCCUAAAUUAAAACUGAAUAAAUUUUGAAUUUCACAUGCUUCGUAAAUUUAGAUUUACAAAUAUCUUAUUUUUACACAAGCUUUAGAUUAAAUUUAUUUUAUUCUUAUUUUCAAGAUAAACUUAAUUUGAGAUUAAUGUAAAAAAAAAGAUUUUCUUUCUACUUUAAAGUGAACUAUUUUACUGCGAAUUAGUCAAUUUAGAUGACAAUUUUUAAAAUGUACACUGUAAAAAAUUUGAAGAGUUAUAAAAACAGUCGGAGUAAAAAACCAGAAAAGUAAAAGAUUACAAUUUUUUUUUUUUAAAUUUUAACUCCUACAAAUUUUUAUAACACUCAUUUUUCACAGUAUAUGUAUGUGUGUACAAUUGUUAAGAAUUUAAAAAUUUAUACACACUAAAAAGAUUAUAUUUUUGAAAAAUUGUUGAAAUAUUUAUAAACUGAAUAUUUCAUUGU